CCGGGCAGCAGCGGAAGCGCUUGGCCCGGGCUCGGAGCGCCAAGGCUGCACCCACCCGGAGGGAGCUCGAGGUCGCCGCGGAGCCCCGCUCCUGUUCCUCGCCCCUUGGCCCUAUACCGUCCAGCUAGCAAGCCCGCUCCUUCCCGCGGCCUCCCCAGGAUCUAACUUUGGAGCCUUUACCCGCCUCUUCCAAGUUUCGAAGGAGUCACCGGGCGAGGGCUCGCGUCCCGCCGAGGUCUACCAGGGUCGCGCUCAGCCUGCUCCUUCCCGGUCACAGGCUCGGCGGUCCUGUGUGGAGGCCCAUCGUCCUGCUCGGGUCGGCUCCCGCGGGGAACAUCACCCUGGAGAGCCAAAAGGAGUGGAAGAGCCUGUCUUGGAGAUCUUCCCGGAGAAAGCCUGAGGUCAUUCAUGAUGAGGUGCACGGCUCGGGAGUGGCUCAGGGUGACCACAGUGCUCUUCAUGGCCAGAUCAGUUCCAGCCAUGGUGGUUCCUAAUGCCACUUUGUUCGAGAAACUUUUGGAAAAGUACAUGGAUGAGGACGGGGAUUGGUGGGUCGCCAAGCAACGAGGGAAAAGAGCCAUCACAGACAAUGACAUGCAGAGCAUCUUGGACCUUCACAAUAAGUUGCGAAGUCAGGUGUACCCUACAGCUUCUAAUAUGGAGUAUAUGACAUGGGAUGUGGAACUGGAAAGGUCUGCAGAAUCCUGGGCUGAAACAUGUUUGUGGGAGCAUGGACCUUCAAGUCUGCUACCGUCCAUUGGACAGAAUUUGGGAGCACAUUGGGGAAGAUACAGGCCCCCAACAUUCCAUGUACAAGCAUGGUAUGAUGAAGUGAGAGACUUUAGCUACCCAUAUGAGCAUGAGUGCAACCCGUAUUGUCCAUUCAGAUGCUCUGGUCCUGUAUGUACCCACUAUACACAGGUGGUGUGGGCAACGAGUAGCAGGAUAGGCUGUGCCAUUAAUCUGUGCCACAACAUGAACAUCUGGGGGCAGAUAUGGCCCAAAGCUGUCUACUUGGUGUGCAAUUAUUCCCCAAAGGGAAACUGGUGGGGACAUGCUCCUUACAAACAUGGACGGCCUUGUUCUGCUUGCCCGCCUAGUUUUGGAGGUGGCUGUAGAGAAAAUUUGUGCUACAAGGAAGGGUCAGACAGGUACACUCCUCGAGAAGAAGAAACAAAUGAAAUCGAACGGCAGCAGACUCAGGUCCAUGACACACACGUUCGGACAAGAUCGGAUGAUAGUGACAGAAAUGAAGUCAUCAGCACACAGCAAAUGUCCCAAAUAGUUUCCUGUGAAGUAAGAUUGCGAGACCAGUGCAAAGGGACCACCUGCAACAGGUAUGAGUGCCCUGCUGGCUGUUUGGAUAGUAAAGCUAAAGUAAUUGGCAGCGUACAUUAUGAAAUGCAAUCCAGCAUCUGCAGGGCUGCGAUUCAUUAUGGGAUAAUAGACAAUGAAGGAGGAUGGGUGGACGUCACUAGGCAAGGAAGAAAACAUUAUUUCAUCAAAUCCAAUAGAAACGGUGUUCAGACAAUUGGCAAAUAUCAUUCUGCUAAUUCCUUCACAGUCUCCAAAGUAACAGUUCAGGCUGUGACUUGUGAAACUACUGUGGAACAGCUCUGUCCAUUUCAUAAACCUGCUUCGCAUUGCCCAAGAGUAUACUGUCCUCGCAACUGUAUGCAAGCCAAUCCUCAUUAUGCUCGUGUAAUUGGUUCUCGAGUAUAUUCCGAUAUGUCCAGUAUCUGCCGAGCAGCAGUGCAUGCUGGGGUGGUUCGAAAUCAUGGUGGUUACGUUGAUGUCAUGCCUGUGGACAAAAGAAGGAUGUACACUGCCUCUUUUCAGAAUGGCAUCUCCUCUGAGAGUUUACAGAAUCCUGCAGGAGGAAAGGCAUUCCGAGUAUUUGCUGUGGUGUGAAAUGGAACACUUGGACGGGGAUUGUAAAGAUUAUUCCAAAUGCCAUAAUUCAGAAAUUUGUAUAAAACUGUAACAUUACUGUACAGAAGAUAACAACUAUAUUCAGCCUACCCCAAAGUGCCAAAUGCAUGUAAAUCUCGAUAAUAGACAAAAUCUUAUAAAAUAAAACAUGGGACAUUAGCUUUGGGAAAAGUAAUGAAUAUGUAAUGGUUUUAGAAAUCCUGUGUUAAAUAUUGCUAUAUUUUCUUAGCAGUUAUUUCUACAGUUACUUAUAUAGUCAUGAUUGUUCUACAUUUCAUGUAUUAUAUUAUAUGGUGCUUUGUAUAUGCCACUAAUAAAAAUAAACCUAAACACUGAAUGUGAAUGGCCCUAAGAAAAUUAUCUGGUGCAUUUAGAAAUAAUCAACCCUAAAAUUGAAUGAAACUUUGAUCACAUUUUUGUCAGUUCAAUGCUAGGAUAUUAGCCACUCAUUUUUUGAUUUUUUUUUCCACUUAGUAUCUGUACAGUUUUUCUCUUCCAUUAAAUUUAUGUAUGUAGAAUACUAGGUCCUUAUAUUGCACUUAUUAUUUUGUAUAAAAUAAUCACUUAAUGUCCAAGUGAAUCUGCUACAUGUUUGGUUCUUUAGAAUGGCCUCAGUAGUAAAGUGGAAUAAAGUCAAAGUAAUGGUAGAAGACAUUGCUAGGACUCAUGUAGUAACAACUAUUGGGUGAAACAACCAGAGAUUUUUAUGUGUUGCUAAAGUUGAGUUCACACAUUUUCUUUGGUAUCCUGGCAAAUACUCCUGCAGGCCAGGAAGUAUAAUAACAAUAGUCCAACAGAGAUGAACUAAGAUAUUGCAUUUCCAUUGCCACUGAUUUUCAUAAUGGUAAAUGGCUUUGGGUAUAAAUGUUCUCAUAUUGUGAUACCUAUAGUGGUGAUAUAUUUGUUUCUAUGAAAAUGUACUAUGCUUUGAGACUUAAUAUGUGUAAAUGUUACUUUUGGUACUUUUUUCUGCUGGUGAAUUUAUUCAUUUCCUAUAAACAUUAAAAUUAAU